AUGCUGGUGGCAGUGCUGCUCCUCUUCUUGUGCUGCCUGAGUCCUGCUGCUGCUGGGAAGAUCCUGGUAAUCCCUAUGGAGGGCAGCCACUGGCUCAGUAUGAAGGAGGUGCUGGCCGAGCUGCACAAGAAAGGGCAUGAAAUAGUUGUUAUUGCACCAGAGAGCAGAAUGAUCAUAGAUUCCUCAACGAUAUAUGAAAUGAAAACUUAUCCUGUACCUUUCAAAAAGGAAGAGAUGGAAGAACUUCUGCACUCCCUUAGUGCAACUGCUUUUAGUGACGAUUCUUUCCUGACCAGGUUUAUGACUAUUUGGGAUAACUUCAAAAAGAGUUCUGCCAUGUUUCAAGCUUCCUGCCGUUACUUACUGUACAACAAAGAGCUGAUGAAAUACAUCGAAGAAAGUAAAUUCGAUGUCAUCUUUACAGAUCCUCUGACACCCUGUGGACAGAUAAUUGCUUUGAACUUUUCUAUCCCUUCUGUUUUCUUCUUGCGGGGCAUCCCGUGCGCUAUAGACAUUCACGCUGCUCAAGGGCCAGACCCACCAUCCUACGUCCCACGCAUAUUCUCACUCAAUACAGACCACAUGACAUUCUCUCAGAGAGUGAAGAACUUCCUGAUAAGCCUUUCAGAGUCUUUCACCUGCGGAACGGCCUUUUCAGGAUUUGAAAGCCUGGCCUCAGAUCUUUCACCUGCGGAACG